AUGGAGGAACACGCAGACGCAAUAAAUCUGGAAUCCGUUCCGAGGACAGAGAUAAAUGUCUUAAGAGACGCAGAAGGCCUCAAGCCGAGCAACAAUAGCAGACAGUUUCAUCAUUCUGUGGGCAAUCAAGAUGAGGUUGAACUCCAAUAUCUCACCGGUGUCAAACUGACAUUGGUUAUUCUUGCGGUCAUUGCGAUCGCUUUACUCGUCAUGCUCGAUAUGUCUAUUGUUGCUACGUACACCUACAUGGCUUUCAUUGCUCUCUUUGAAAUGGGAUCUUUGAUAUGCGCAGUUGCAACCUCUUCCAACAUGUUCAUAGUUGGGAGAGCAGUUGCUGGAAUGGGGAGCGCGGGAGUGGCAAAUGGUGCACUCACAAUUUUAUGCGCCGCGGUGCCUCUUGUAAAGAGACCUCUCUAUUUUGGGAUUGUGGGAUCUUGUGGUCAGAUAGGCGUUGUGGCCUCGCCAUUAUUGGGUGGUGCAUUGACGGAGUAUGCGACUUGGAGGUGGUGCUUCUACAUCAACCUUCCCAUCGGCGUGCUAGCAGUCUUCGCUCUGCUCUUCGUAUCAUUUCCCGAAAACAGCCUAAAUGGGCCUGAGCCGCAACCGCAAAUCAAGGCCACCUCUUUAUUUUCUGAGCUCGAUCUUACCGGGUUCCUCCUUCUUGCUCAAACCCUUGUCAUGUUUCUUCUUGCCCUUGAAUGGGGUGGAUUGGCAUAUUCUUGGAGUAGUGCGAUGGUCCUCGGUCUCUUCUGUGGAUCGGCCGGCAGUUUCGCCCUAUUCUUGGCUUGGGAAUAUAGAAAAGGAGAAAAAGCGAUGAUCCCACUGGAAAUGAUUAAGAAAAGAGUAGUCUAUUGCUCUUCACUGACAAGCUUUUUCCUUUAUGCAAAUAGCAUGAUCACAUCUUACUACCUUGCUAUCUACUUCCAGGGAGUGCGAGGCAAAUCACCAAUGUUUAGUGGUUUGUAUAUGUUACCUGGUGUGAUUGCUCAAAUGGCGUCUGGCUUUUUAUCUGGCUGGGCGGUGACCCGGAUUGGCUAUUAUCUGCCGCCUGCUGUUCUGGGAACAAUCCUAUGCGCAAUUGGCGCGGGGCUAUUGAGUAUGUUGACUCCGCAUAUAGGCUUUGGUGCAUGGGUCGGCUUUCAAGUACUCGCCGGCAUGGGACGUGGCUUUGCGCUUCAAAAUCCCCUCAUAGCAGUUCAAAACAAUCUUCCGCCAUCGAAGAUUGCUAUCAGCAUGGCAUUUCUCUAUUCCUGCCAAACAUUUGGUGGAGCGCUGUGGCUCUCGUUCGCAAGUACACUUUUCAACAAUGGUCUGACCAGCCUUUUACCCACCUAUGCACCGGGCGUCUCCGCUUCGACGGUGAUAUCGGCUGGUGUAUCUGGCAUACGAUCUGUGGUUCCGGAGGCCAGUGUAGAUGGUGUGAUUAUGGCGUAUAGCAAGGCUGUUCAGCAUGUCUUUUACAUGGUUUCUGGGACUGCGACAGCGGCCUUCAUAUUCAGUUGGGGGCUCGGAUGGAAGAGCGUCAAGCAGAGAACAGCAUAG